UUUCGACCACCACCCACUCCCGCACCACUAGCACCGGUCACAGCACCUGUAACUAGUGGCCCGGUAGGUGGUAAUAGGCCUGCGGUUAUAAACGUGGAAAUCGAGCAGUUGUUGAGAGACGACAGUCGCCUCCAUUUGGCCGCAGAUUUUAACAACACUUUAAAGCAACUAAACGUCGACUUAAGCAAGUUCAUGGUUGUUGACCCCACUCAGCCUGGUCAUAGGGAAAUUCACCUGGCGUUCACGCCGUACGUAAACACCGCGUUAUCGGUGGAUAAGCACUCGAAAUGUGACGGAAACGCGAGCAUAACUGCCCUCUAUUUGAACACUACAUACUCGACAGACAUGGCGUGCAGUGGCUAUCAUUACAAACAAUUUCCCUUUGAGUACACGAUUGACGUGAACGGACAGCCGGAAGUCCUACCCCUCGCCGCCAUGAAUCAGGCCAUGGCGUCGGUGAACGGUAUGUGA